GGUAGGAGCCGGUAAGGUACGUACGUACGUUCGCGAGUACGUGCGUGCGUGCGUGCCUUCGUAGUUGAGAAAAAGAGGUUUUUUUUUUUUUUAUCAUCGGUGUGAUCGCGCGCGCGAAUGUAAAUUUAAUCGUCACCGAGUUUGACCAGAUAAAAAGAAGGAAAAGAGAGAAAUUAACACGUACUGACACGAUCAUCAUUCAAAAGAGGAAUCGAACGUAACAAGUAGAAGGAGAAGAAGAAAAAGAAGAAGAAGAAGAAGAAGAGAACAAAGUGGAAGGCGGUGGGGGGGAGGAGCACAUUUACGCGCGUGUUUUUACACUUCCUUUCUUUUCCCCGCUUAAUUCUCCUAUCCUUCGCGAGACCGAAUCUCAAGUUCGAAAAACGCAUCUACGCUUAUUAUAUUUUCUUCCUUUUUUCUCGCUUUUGUGUUAGCAGCAUUCGUUUAAGUAUCAGCAACAGCAACAGCAGCAUCAUCAUCAUCAUCAUCAUCAUCAUCAUCAUCAUCAUCAUCAGCAGCAAACUUGUGUAUAUGUGUUCAUUGUUAUACAAAAUUUCUUUUACGUGUGUCUAAACGUUUGUUGUGUGUUAAUUAAAAAAUCGUCAAUCGUCUAUAAUAUUCGCGAGUUCGUCGAAGAAAGGGUUAGAAGGGACACAUUUGAGAGGACAUGAGGAUGUCAUCGUCAAAUUGGUGCUGACUUGGUGAUGGCAGAGUGCCGAGGAUGUCUCGACGCAAACAGAGCAACCCGAAACCGCUGAAACGGGAGGAUGAGGAUUGGAGCGACUCUGAAAAAACCCCAUCGGUGAGCAGCGGCGUCGAGGGUGGUGGAUCAGCUGUUUCUAGUCCAGUUGGUGCAGUUAAUGUUGAGGAGGAUUCUAGUUUACCACCACCACCUAGACUGAAUGCUAGUUCUUCCUCAUCUAAUAGUAUAGUCUUUAAUUCACUUGCUGACAAUAUUAGGCAAGGAUUAAUUGCCUUUAAGGAGAACGAUCGAAAACGAAUAACUAGUUUCACCGGAGAAAUAACGAGAGAAACGCAAAGAGAUCGUCAGGUAUUGUCAAGAUUAACGAGAGAAUCGAGUCCUAAGGAAAUCGACGAUUCGGAAUCAUCGUCGAGUAUAGUUAUAGUAAAAGACGAAGAAUGUCAACAAAAACCACCGUCUUCCUCAUCGACUUCAUUGAUAAGAAGAAGAGAAGCAAGUGCGAGAAGAGACAGCGAAGAUUCUACGAGACGUACGAGUACAACAUCGAGUUGUAUCGUAGAGGAUGCACCACCAGAUCCAAAAAAGAUGAAACUCGAAGAGGACGUAGCACCAAGACUGAGACUGAAUGCUAGUCUAGCGACGGAUCCAGCACUUCGGCCUGCUGCCGUAGCAGCGCUUACCGUCAAGCCUGAGAAUGCUUCUUCCCCGCCUAAUCCCGGCCCACCUUUACCUGCCGGCCUGCAGAAUGCGAUUGCAUCGGGUCGUUUGUUCGUUCUACCAACCGACGGGAAAGAAACUAUCACCGUUGAACCUGCCAGACCGGCUCCCCUCUACUGUCCACCCUGUGGUAUUCGUUUUAGUUCGGCCAGCACAUUAGAGGCUCAUCGUACCUUUUAUUGCGCCCAUCGACCGCGUUUAGAAGAUGAUGCUACCAAUGACGAAGACGAGGAGAAGUCGAACAAGUUCGAAGUUAGGAAAGCUUAUGCUUGUCCGCAUUGUUCAUACAGUGCUGACAAGAAAGUCUCGUUGAAUCGACAUAUGCGAAUGCAUUCGGCUUCUCCAGCACCACCUACGAUUCCAACGGUACAACCACCAUCAGCUACGACAGGAACUACGGCAGGAAACAAUUCUACGAACGCAUCGAACGGUUCCUUAAACGAGGAAGCUGAAAGAUACUGUCGUAACUGUGACAUCAGAUUUAAUUCAUUGAAGACAUAUCGGGCACACAAAACGCAUUAUUGUAGUACCAGGCACGUUGUCAAAGACGGUGCACCACCCCCACCACCUCCAGUAUCAACAGGAGCAUCUUCUUCCUCAGCAAAAGCUUCCCCACCUACAAGUUCAAGUCCUGGCGAUUCGCCCCCACCUCAGCCAUGUUUGGCAUUACCAACUAAUCCGAUUCUAAUCGUCCCGUAUUCCCUCAUACGCGGUGCCAGUGUAUUAGCUGCAUCGGCACUUCCUGCACCCGACACGGCCUGUUUUCUACUGCCAAAUGGAUCUUUGCAACCAAUGAUGAGAGGAUUAGCAAGCACAAAUACCGUAACCGAACCACCAGCCGUCCUUAGAGCAGCCAACAAACCUACCACGCCUGCAUCCCUCGUUGGUUCAUCCACAUCACCAUCUGUAUCUACGCCUCUCGAUCUCAGUGUUAGAAGAUCACCGACAACACAUCAGGAUGAAAAAGAGAACAGAGUUUCGCCAGCUCCAACCUCGCUUCCCCCACCACCGGGUAGUCCAAGAUCGUCUAGAGGUAGUGCCAGUCCAAGAGCAAGGUCUAUUAGUACGAAUCAAAGCAGCAGUACCGGAUCCGCACCACCAACCACCACUCAAACAGAAUUAGCUCUUAGAUUGACCGAGUUACCACCUCCUCCUGUUCCUGUACCCGUACCUGGUGUUCUCGUUAAACAUGGUGUAUCUAGAUGCAAAGAAUGCAACAUCGUCUUCUGUCGACACGAGAAUUUCGUCGCUCACAAGAAACACUAUUGUCAAGCAAGGGAAACAACUGUUAGUAAUAGUCCACCACCACCUAGCACCCCUUCACCACCAUUGGUUCAACUAAUCUGUGCAGCAUGUGGUAUUAAAUUCGCUUCCAUGGAUAAUCUCGUAGCUCAUCAAGCUUUCUACUGUCCGAAGAGGCCCGAAUCGCAAGAUCAUCAUUCUCGGUGCACGAAAUGCAAGGCAAUAAUAGAAGCAGGUAGUACGCACACUUGUAGUGGGGGACCGACCGGUGGUUGGCGGUGUCCCGUAUGCGGUGCUGUCAGUCCAACGGCCGGUGCAGCACAACGUCACAUGGAUGCUCAUCAAGGUGUUAAAGCAUUCAGGUGCACGAUUUGUCGUUACAAAGGGAAUACCUUACGUGGUAUGCGAACGCACAUAAGAAUGCACUUUGAGAAACGUGGCACGGAUCUUCAGGAGGAAAAUUACAUAACGUGCGUCUUAGAUGACGAAGCAGUUUUACCAACCCCAGAACCAGCUGCUGCAACAACACCAGAAGAAAUACCAGCUGAGGUUCAAAUCAAUGGUAAAAGUGAGAUCCGUAAAAGUCCUCAGCCUUCUAUUUUGCCACCACCACCGCCACCACCACCACCCCCGGCCGCAACAACAGUGACGGCCAGUAAAGUUAAACAGGAACGUGAAGAAAGUCCACCACCCGAGGAAAGUCUCGACCCUAAUAAGACUGGUCCACGUUAUUGUAGAUCGUGCGACAUUAGUUUCAAUUACUUGAGCACGUUCAUAGCGCACAAAAAAUUUUAUUGUUCGAGUCAUGCGGGGGAAGCGAGUAAUAACAAUAACAACAAUAAUAAUAAUAAUUCGAGUAGCCAUGCUGCUACAACUCCGCCCACUGGUAGAACCGAGGCAUCCGUACUUUAGACGUGUUGUUGUUAGUUUCUUUUUUAAUUGGACAUUUUGACGAUGAUAAAAACAAAWAACAUCUACGAUGCUGAUGCUGAUGCUGAUGAUGACGACGACGAGUCUGUGUGUUUAUUGUUAAACAAACAAAUUAUAUAUUAAACUAUAAAUUAACCGACUUAGUUGACUACCAUCAUGUGAUUUUUUGUCGAUCCAGGGAAUUUGUUCGUACUUACACGAUAAGCCGAUUUACAAUUGCAUCAAUAUUGUGUACAUACAAAUACUUAUCGGAUUCAUAAAAAGAAGAAAUUUAUGCGAACGAUAAUAAUAAUAAUAUUAAUAAUAUUAAAAAAAAUAUUAU